UUAUUUACUUUUUCAAUUCACAAACACAUAGAGAACAUUUUUUUUUUGCAAAUUUUGCCUGUAACAAUCUCCCAGAAAUUGUGAAACUUUAUCCUUUUGUCUCUUGGAUGAACAAAGAAAUAUAUGUCUAAAAAAUCAAAGAAGAUAUCAGAAAUGUUAGACCCUCCAUCUUCAACCAUUAUCCAUGUUGUCUCCCACCAUUUGAGUCAAAAUCACAUAGACAGAGAUAACAUAAGCAUAAAAAAUAGCAGUAUUGACAAAAAUGGCUUCUUGAUUCUUGGUCAGACCAGAAGCUUAAACCCAGCUUCAAUCCAAACUCAAAAUGUAACCACAAGCUCGUCUCAACAAUCCGAACAAACCCCAGAAACCAAUUUGAACAAUCGCCCGCAGAAUCGAAGGAACCUAAUUCGUCUUUUUCACGAGAACCCAUUCAAAAAAUUUCAACUCAAAACCCUAGAAAAUCACUCAAAUCGAUCUUACUCCGUCAGACUCGGCUUCAAAAUGAUGUUUCCAACUAGAAUCAUGAACAUCCAAUCGAAUUUGAAGCCCUAAUUUUCUGAUUUCAAAUGAAACUUAGCUUCUUCGUUGAAUUCGGCACAGACGGGUUUCAAUUGUGGCCUAAAAUUCAUUCAAACUUCUUCGAAUUGAAGCUCCAAAUCAGUAGUUCAAACUUAGAUAAUGAAUAAAUCACAAAAUUUAGAACCAAAAUUGAAUGGAGAACAAGGAAUUGAACUUUUUGGAACAAAUAGUGAAAAGCUAUAGAUAUGAUUUCCUCUUUAAAACACUGAUGAACUUUAAUUUUGCUAAGCCCAACACAGAAAAAUAGGUAAAUAGGUCGGACUAGAUAAAUGGGUAAAAAUAAGACCCAUAUUUGAUUCUUGGUUAAAGAUUGUCACGUGGCCCAGUUAAAAAUUGCCACGUCAUUAAAUGAAAGAUGCACCAAUUAUGUCGUUAGUCGUGAAAGUAUUUUUGUUAAUAGAACUAACGUCGUAUAUUUUUUUGGACGGAUAGAUGGACGGGACAUUUAUAAACUAUUUAGCAAACGAUAUAAAACAAUCUUCUAUAUGAGUUCAAAUUGUUGGGGAAAAGUCGAUAAAUUGUCGUCCCUCCUGUCAGCUGUGUCUAAAUUCUAAAGCACCAACUUUUAACCCUAAAACAAUAUUACCUUUGGCCUCAUCGAGCUUCUUUGAUCUCCAUAACUCUGUUUAGUGGAUAUGACAACAGAAGAAGAAUGGUUUAUGGAAAACAUCGUACUGCUCGUGCUCAACUUCGACAGGAUCCGGUGGAGUGUAAGAUUGACGAAUUGUCGGAUGAGUUGCUUGUGGCCAUUCUUUCAUAAUUAUCCCUAAAGAAAGCAGCAACAACCUCCCUUAGUAGAUGGAGAUAUUUAUGGCAAUAUACAUCUGGUUGUCUUGAGUUUUAUGAUGUGGAUAAAAGGCCGGAGGCAGCACUCGAAAUUAUGAAGUUGGUAAAUCAAGUUUUUUAAAUUGCACCAGGGUCCAACUUUAGAUCAAUUCCGAGUUGGUUUUAACUUUUUUGGUGGUUGUUCCACAACUGAAAUUGAUCGCUGGAUUGAAUUUGCAAUUCAAAAGGAAGUUAAAUUAUUUGAAUUGAACUUACGAGCUGGCUGGGGAUAUCAUUUUGCCACUUAUUUUUUUCCUGACAUUGGGAAAUUGUUGUCUGGGGAUAUUUGCAAGAUCAAAUUUUCCAGAUUUUGUUGUAAUCUGAAAUCACUUAGCCUGUUCGGUGUCAAUGUCAAGGAGGAGAUCCUUCAAAUUUUUCUUUCCAAUUGUCCAUGUCUCGAGCAAGUCUGUGUUUCAGGUUGUAAAUCUUUACAGAAUUUGGAAGUUACUGGCCCGCUUACAAGUUUGAAGUCCAUGGAAAUAUUAUGGUGUCGCAAUGUCAAGGGUCUAGAGAUUGAUGCUCCAAAUCUAAUGUCUUUUAAAUACAUAGGACCUGAUAUACUUCUGCCUUUUCAAAAUUUUCCGCAGUUAUCUGAGCUAACAACUGGAAGUCAGUAUUGUUAUUCUUUUAUUUUUAAUGCUGACAAGCAUGAAAGCUAUUCCUGUAAGCUGAGGAAGCUUAAACUAAAGGUGCCUCGUGAGAUUGCUAUGAGGGAAAGUUGGCUCACAUUACAUUACCCUGAUAAUUUCCCUAGACCGAACAAUCUAAGGGAGUUGGAAUUGGACCUUACAUUAGAAGCUGGUGAAAGCCUGCUCUUCUUCACUUUUUUUAUCAAGGCAGCUUCUCUGCUGUCUAGAUUCAGAGCCCGGAUAAUAUACAUUCCAGCCUUACAUAAGCAGUAUGUCGGUAUUGGUGUGCGUAUCUUGGAACGUGCAGCUCGAGAGGCUACUGCCGGUUUUGUUCACAAACGUCUAAAGGUGGUGAAGUUAAUCGGUUUUACAGGGCGUAGAACUGAUUAUAAGCUUGCGUUGCAUUUGCUAGAAAUUGGACGAGGCUCUCUUAAGAAGAUCAUCCUACAGCCUACAAAUGACAGUCACGGCAUCAAGAUUAAGAGAGUGACAUUAAUCGAAAAGCGGAGCAAGCAGCUUGAAGCAAAGUUGCCUCCGGGGGCUAAACUGGUGAUGCUAUAUAGUUUCAAAUUCUUCUUGGCUUACAAUUUCAAGUAUUUUUUAAAUUAUUGAUGUAAACGUUGGGAUCUCUGUUUAUUACUCUGCCAAUAUGUGAUAGUAAAAUGGAAAGGCGGAAUAUAUAUUUAUUAUUCAAUGAACGCAUCUAAUCUCUCCAGUAAAAGAAAGGGAGAAGUGCACAAUUAGGGAUGGGCAUAGUUUAGGCAAACCCGAAAUCCAAACCGAAUUCCGAAUUUUUUGAAUUUUGGGAUUACGGAUUAGAUUUUGAAUUUAAUUUUUAAUUUUUUUGGA